AAAUAUUUCAGAAUCCUUUCGGCAAGACCCUUAGCCAGGUGCUCCGAAUCCAUCCGAGUGGAAGGUGUUGCCUUCUUACGAGAUCGUGACUACUUCCGCGGAGAAGGAGGAGGAGGAGGAGGGAGGGAGGGAGGAUUCACCAUCACCAACGCAGAGAGAGAGAUGGCGGAGUGCGGCCGGAAGGCGCUGUCCCUCCUGGAGGCGGCCCGCUCCCGCUACGAGAGCCUGCAGAUAUCCGACGAUGUGUUCGGUGAGUCCGGCGAUGACAGCAGCGACAACCCGUUCUACAGCACCUCCGGAGACUCGGACUCGGAUAACUACAUAGCGGAGGUCGGUGAGGAGGAACAGCAGCAGCAGCACCACCACCAUCAUCAUCAUCAUCACCAUCACCACCAGAGACGAGGCGACAGAGAGAGCUCGCAUGGCGGGGGAGCAGGAGGCGGCAGCCCGGGUCCGCCGGGCUCUCUGUCCCGGAGCCAAGCAGAGGAGGAGGGCUGGACGGAGACCCUACAGGAUGUCACGGUGCCGCCGUAUAAAGGCUCUUACGGUCCAGCCCAGAAGAUGCCAGGCACGGCCACCGCCUUGGAUUUCUUCCAGCUCUUUGUCCCUGACAACUGCAUCCAAAACAUGGUCACCCAGACCAACAUGUACGCCAAGAAGUUCCAAGAACGCUUCGGUUCAGACGAUGGCUGGCGUCCCGUCACGGCCCAAGAGAUGAAGGCCUUCCUGGGCUUCGUCACCUCCACCAGUGUGCACCACUGCGAGUCGGUGCUCAGCAUCUGGAGCUCGGGCUUCUUCAGCAACCGCAGCAUCGCCCUGAAGAUGAGCCAGGCGCGCUUCGAGAAGAUUCUGAAGUAUUUCCACAUCGUGGCCUUCAGGCCAUCGCAGGGGAGCAACCAAGGUCUGUACAAGAUCCAGCCCUUUCUGGACUCGCUGCAGCAGUCGUUCAACUGUACAUUCCGACCUUCACAGACCCAGGUUCUCCAUGAACCCUUGAUAGACGAGGACCCGAUCUUCAUCACCACCUGCACGGAACGAGAGCAGAGGAAGAGGAAGAAGAGGAAGUUCAGUCUUUGGGUUCGACAGUGUACCUCCACCGGCUUCAUCUGCCAGCUCUCCGUGCAUCUGAAGGAGGGCCAAGGUGGAGACGCUUUGGCCGCCCUGAAGAACAAACCUCAGCUGCACAGUCUGGUGGCCAAGCAGCUGUGCCAGAACAUCUCUGGAAAGAACACCAUCGUCUUCACGGGACCGUCAAUCACCAGCCUCGGACUCUUCGCCGAAUUUAGCAAGCAAGAUAUCUACUGCUGUGGUCUGCUGAGCACCAGAAAGAGCGACUGCACGGGCCUGCCGCAAAGCAUGCUGGUCUGCAGCUCCACGCCGGCGCAACGCGGCCAGUGGCGGGUGAUGAUGCAAGGCAGCAUGUCGCUCAUCAGCUGGUACAACAAGGGACACUUCAGGUUCCUCACAAACGCCUACUCUCCCACCAAACAAGGUUUGAUCAUCAAGAGGAAAAGCGGCGAGGUUCCGUGUCCUCUGGCGGUGGAGGCCUUUGCGGCGCACCUCAGCUACAUCUGCAAAUACGACGACAAGUUCAGCAAGUACUUCAUCUUCCACAAGCCCAACAAGACGUGGCAGCAGGUGUUCUGGCUGAGCAUCAGCAUCGCCAUCAACAACGCGUACAUCCUCUACAAGAUGUCCGACGCCUACGCCGUCAAGCGCUACAGCCGGGCGCAGUUUGGGGAGAGACUGGUCAAAGAGCUGCUGGACGUCGACGACUGCUCGCCCACGCCGUGAGAAGAAACGGCGGCGAGGGUGGCCUGGAUGGAUAGAUGGAUGGAUGGUUGGUUGGUUGUCAGUCAGGAGCCAAUACGCCCCCACACCCCCCCCCCCCCCCCCACACACACACACACAUUCACACACCUCCUCACACAUGUACAGACUGUAUGUCACCAUGCUGAAGCAGUGCCAACUCUUCCUCAGUUGUUGUAUUGUAAAUGAUAUUGUAAACACCACUUAGACAGUAGGAGGAGUCAACAGCGAGGGAGAAUGAUGAUGAUGAUGAAGACGAAGAGGAGCAUUUCGACCCCUUUAAAUGUCCACAAGUUGACAUGAGAACAUAAAAAAUGUUCCAUUGUUUGCUACAAGCAUCCCAAAGGAAGCUUAUUAUACUUUUACAUGUGACAAUGAUUUUUCUUGCGUUACGUUAGAACCGGGGGUGUCCACACUGCGGCUCCAUGGCUUCCUUCAAAUCAGGCACCCAUUCUCCUUUUUUUUGGUAUUUGUUCACAAGGAUGUGGGCAAACACUAUAAAAAAAAGGUUUAUUGACAACUUUUAUUUGCAAAACCUUCCCGGUGGAGGUAAUGUUGCUAGGUAACAAACUCCAUAAUCGCAAAAAAAAAAAUCAACAAAUCAAAUCUUUUGCACUCAAAUCUAACUGUGAAUUAGCUGAGUGGGUAUUAUUUAUUACAGGGGUGUCCAAAGUGCAGCCUGGGGACACGUACUAAGGAUGUUAUUAAAAAAAAAAAAAAAAGUAACAGCAAUAAUCUUGGAAAACUCGGUUGUAAAAAAACGUAUGUUACGAGAAUAAAGUCAAAAUACAAGAAGAAAGUUGACAUACUUUAAAAACAGCUGUAAUUUCACAAGAAUAAAGUCAUGAGAAGAAAAAAAAAGUGAAUUUUAUGCGAAUAAAGUCAGGAUAUGAGGAAAAGUAACAUAAUUCUACUAGCAUUCAGUUAAAAUAUUAAAGAAAAAUGUUUUUAAAGUCAUAAUGUUAUGAAAAACUGAAAUAUUAGGUUGUGGAAAAAGUGGUAAUAUUACAGGAAUACUGUCAAAAUAUUACAGGAAUAAAGUCAUAAUAUUACAAGAAGGUUGAAAUACUUUAAAAACAGCAGUAAUUUCACAAGAAUAAAUUAAUGAAGGAAAAAAGUGAAUUUUAUUAGAAAAAACUCAUAUUAGGAAACGUAACGUAAUUCUACUAGCAUUCAGUUGAAAUAUUAAAUUAUUUUUUUUUAAGUCAUAAUAUUACAAUAAGGUUGAAAUACUUUAAAAACAGCUGUAAUUUCACAAGAAUAAAGUAAUGAAAGGAAAAUGUGAAUUUUAUUACAAAAAACUCAUUAUAUUAGGAAAAGUAACGUAAUUCUACUAGCAUUCAGUAGAAAUAUUAAAUAAUUUUUUUAAGUCAUAAUAUUAUGAAAUAUUAGGUUGUGGAAAAAAGUGGUAAUAAUACAGGAAUACUGUCAAAAUAUUAUGGGAAUAAAGUCAUAAUAUUACAAAAAGAAGGUUGAAAUACUUGAAAACAGCUGUAAUUCGACUAGCAUUCAGUUGAAAUAUUAAAGAAAAAAAAUGUUUUAAGUUAUAAUAUUAUGAAAUAUUAGGUUGUGGAAAAAGUGGUAAUAUUACAGGAAUACUGUCAAAAUAUUACGGGAAUAAUGUGAGCAUUACGAGAAGAAAAUUCAUCACAAAGCGGAGAUGCAGGCUAUUUAUUCUUGAAAUAUACAGCAUGUAACCUCCAAUCAUAUCUACAGUACAUGUGUGGCUUUAUAAAGUUGCAUCUUUUCAUUUGUCAUUAUGUGACCCUCGCUGUUGAAACCUUGGACACCCCCCAUUGCUUUAUGAGAACGGGGGGAGAUUGUGUAAAUGUGCACUGACGAUGGAAUUAGGCCAAGCUAAUAAGUGUCACCCUCGCUUUAGAGUUGAUAUCUUGUUUACAAAUCACAGUUAUGUGUAUAUCACGCAGACUCAAGAUUGUCAUUUUUAAAUCUUAUCACUAAUCCAAAGCAAUGUUGUCGUGUGUGUGUGUGUGUGUGUGCGCGUACUGCUAAAUGUCACACAUCCAAGUAGGAUCUUCACUUCCUGUCACCUUCUAAAUGUCAAACACAGCAGCGUAUGCUAUUCCUAAAGCCUCUAUUUAUGAUUAAAGCAACGGUAUGGAAGAAUUUUCCUGUCAAAUGACCAUGACGGCUUGUUAUAGGGAGAUUUUUAUCGCCAUGGCAACACCAGAUUACCUAUUUUAGUGCUAUUUAUAAAUAUUAGAGGUGUUAUGAGAUUGGGUCUACGAGAAAAAAAUGAGACGAGAUUUUAACAUUACUUUUAAGAAGAAUACACGGCGGUCGAGUGGUUAGCACGCAGACCUCACAGCUAGGAGACCAGGGUUCAAUUCCACCCUCGGCCAUCUCUGUGUGGAGUUUGCAUGUUCUCCCCGUGCACGCGUGGGUUUCCUCCGGGUACUCCGGUUUCCUCCCACAUUCCAAAAACACGCUAGGUUAAUUGACGACUCCAAAUUGUCCAUAGGUAUGAAUGUGAGUGUGAAUGGUUGUUUGUCUAUAUGUGCCCUGUGAUUGGUGUACCCCGCCUCUCGCCCGAAGACACCCCCCACGACCCUUGUGAGGAAAAAGCGGUAGAAAAUGAAUGAAUGAAUGAAUAUACUAAUUCACUUUCGACUUCGGUACACCUCUUCUAUGUGUACGCCAGCGGCCCCGCCUCCACCCACCGAGACAAAGCUGUUGUUCUGAGAUUAAUGAACCCUCUUCCUGCCUGUUUGGAGGCCAGAGACGAGGAAAACCGACACGUAUGCAAUAUAUGGAUUGUGUCAGGCAGUUUUUUUUUCUGAAUCAGUAAUUUGUGACACCUCUAAUAAUUAUGCUAUAUGACCAAAAAAUAAUAAUUCAACAGAAGUACUAAAAAAAAAAAAAACAUAAAAUAUUUUUUUUCCAACUAUAAAAUGUUUUAGCCCUUUUGUUGUGUUUUCUUAAUCAAAUUAACACCUCAUACAUCCCAUCUUUUUUUAAUAAUCUGCAAUAUUUUUGUUGUGUUUUAGCCAUGUAAGGAGCUCUGUAAGGAAAACAAUAAUAAUAACAAUAAUAAUCCACUGUGUGUAGUGCAAAGAAAAGGACAAAGAAAACGAAUUUGGUGUCAGGACCGGAAGGACAAAGUCUUACAAACACUUAAGAGGCUUCCCGUUCAGCCAUUUUAAAACAAUUAACAAAUAAAUCACCCUAGCUGUGUGGUAUGUGAUGUGCAGUGUGUGUGAGUGUGUGUGUGUGUCUUCAUUGUGUUGUGUAUAUCUGUGCAGUGCUUCACCAAACAUCCAGAGUCGGUAAAGAUUGUGUACUAAUCAGCUCUGAACGUGUCAAGACAAUAAAUAAAGAGCGACCUCAGGGCUCCAUGACGAUAAUUAACUGCACUCAUCAGUAGUGACGCCAUCGAUAGCAAACUAACACGACAUUAUAUACGGUACAGUAGGUGGACGUGCUUACAGUAGAGGAUUACUGGGUGCUAUCGGUUUCGAGUAGAAUAUACAAAUUUUAGCAGCCGAGUCGAGGGUGCAAAAUGUGGUAAAAGGUGGUAUGAGACUAAGGAUAGAUGUGUGGGUGUGGGUGGGUGCUUAUGCAUGUAUUGUUAACACUGGGUUGAGUCAAAUGUGUACAAUAACUGGACCAAAUAAACUUGAGAAAUGUG